AUGAAAGCAUAUAUCCUAAUAGCUAUUUUGAUAGGCUUAGGAACAUCUUAAGUUUAGGUCACAUCAUAAACCAUCUGUGGUUGUACGCAAUUAACAAAUCAACAUGAUUGUAACACAUUACCAGGUUGUUAAUGGGCAAACAACUCAUGCUCGUAAUAGAGUUGCUUAUCGCUAAAUCAAUCUUCAUGUUUAAAGGCUUCGUAAUAUUGCCAAUGGAACUUCACAGCAGACACUCCUUCAUGUUCAUCAUUUCAAUCAUGUGAAAAUUUAGUAGCUACUGAUAAUUAGCAAUGUCUCUAAUAAAAUGUUCGCUGCCUAGGAUUUAAUUCUAAAUCCAAAUAGUGUUUAUACUAUAAUCAAAUUACUUCCAAAUGCAUUGAAUUCCCAUAAGCUAUUUGCUCCUACAACUUUGGUAAAGAUGGACCCUGUUAUUGGACUGAUAAUAAAUGUCAAGUAAUCAAUAAUUGUUCCAUGGCUACUUAACAAGAUUAAUGCUAUUAACUCAAUUAUUUCAAAUCCGAAUAUCCCUAAGGAAUGGUAUGCCAAUGGAACUCAGCUACUAUGUAAUGCCAAGCUAUUUCAAGUUGUAAUCAAUUCAAUAGUGAAGACACUUGCAAACACUAUUUUACAAGUUUGAACUCAAUCAUAUUGAAUGUCUGUUAUUGGUCUUAAAAUACCACUCCCCCCUCAUGUGUUCCUGUGACCUACCUUAAUAAUUUGAAUUAAUAGAAUUGCUUGUCGAAUACAGGUCUACUCUUUAGAUGGUAUGGAUAAUAAAAUAACCCUACUUAAGGUUUCUGUGGUCCCUGCAAACAAGUGUAAUUAAUAACUAGAACCUAAUGUACUUGUACUGACUAUGUCCUAGAAACUGAUUGCAAUUCACAACAGAGUUUAUGCUAUUGGAAUACAUAAACUCAAACUUGCACAUUUAAUACCUGUUCCAAAAUAUUAACUUAAAAUAUUUGCAUAACAAUCUCUGGUUGUUAUUGGAACUUUAAUGGCUAUUCAUGCCAAACUUUGAAUAAUUGCACUGAUCUAACAUUUAAAGUGAGUGCAAUUGGAUGUGCAGCUUAAAGUUUAUAAUGUGCUGGUUAUACAGGAGGAAUUUGUAACAGUACAUCAGCCAUAGUUCCUACUUGCAGUAAUUAACCGAAUCAAGAAACUUGCUCAUAAUUCAUAAGCAAUUAGGGUCUAUGUGUUUGGAAUGUUUCAAAUAGUUCAUGUUCACUAUUAUAAUACUGUAGUCAGAUAACUGAUGCUCCAAUUUGUGGAAGUUGGUAGAAUUAAUGCACUUGGAAUGCAUCAAUUUCAUAAUGCUAAUAAAUGACCUGUGCAAUGAUCACAAACCAAAACAAUUGUACCUAUGUUCUCACACAAUUCUAAUAAACGCAAUAUUAAUUGUGCAGAUGGAACAGUUCAAUAGGAACUCAAGGAACUUGCGAAAAUGCUUAUUCUGCACUAUUGUAAACUUCAAAGACUUGUGUUAAUGCUACAGGAAACACUUUUAGAUGGAGUACCAAUAAUGCAUCUGCAGGGAUGUGUGUUUCAUGUAGCACCAAUCAAUUGCCAUUUUAAACACCAUCUUCGUGCCAAUGCUAAUAGUUUUAGUCUUAAGACAAUUGUAACAACUCAGGAUUCUGCACAUUCAACAAAGCAUCUAAUAUUUGUUAGCCCUCACCUUGCACUUCAUUUGAAAAUUAGAUUACUUGUGCUUUAUUAAGUACUUGCUAUUGGAAUAACAAUUACUGUGCACCAUUCACUAGUUGUUCUGAUUUACCACCAGCUGCCAAUCAAUUAGAGUGUGUCAGUAUGAAUGCUUCAUGUAAUGGAAUCAGUAACCAGAUCUGUCAAUCCUACCCAACCUCCACUUGUUCAGCCAUGUACACAGCCGAUGGCAGUUGUUAUAAUAACAUAGGUACUGAUGGAGUGUGUUUCUUGAGCACUACUGGUUAAACUACCUAGUGCUUUGGAUUCUCUUAAUGUGCUCUUGCUUAGAAUGCGACUCUGUGUUUAAGAAAUCAAUUCUCUUGUUAAUGGAACACUAUAAAUAAUCAGUGUUUAUAAAUUACUUGUGCAUCAUUCCUAACAGAGUUAAAUUGCAAAUUCUAUCUACCCAGCCCACUCUCAUCUGAAAUCAUCCCAUGUUACUGGAAUACCAGUAAUAAUACAUGCUUGAUAGCUGAUGAUAUUUUAACUACAUUAAAUUAAAAUACAUGCUCAUUAAAUACUUAUAAUACGUAUAGUUGGGUGUCAAUUUCGUAAGGAUAUUGUGUGAAAUGUUAGAAGUAAGUCACUCUUCCCAAUUAGUGCGAUUGCACAUUUCUAAGUUAAUAUGAUUGUUUUUAAGCCUUGGAAUGUUACUGGAAUAAUUCCUUUUGCCAACAAUUAGAAUGUCCAUAAAUAUUAUAGAAAACUGUAUGUGCAUCUCAAAUAGGUUGUAUGUGGAACAACAAUUAGUGCCAAGUAUUCAAUGGACAAUGUAGUAAUUUACAAGGCAGCUCUCAAUAUUAAUGUAUGGCACAAAAUAUUUAUUGCAUUGGUAGCAAUGGAACCUAAUGCACCAAAUCAUUAAAUAAUUGCUAAGAGAAUACCUAAUAAGCUUCAUGUAUCUCUACAGCUAAAGGACGGGAUGGAGUUUGCUUUUGGAAUAAUCAAUAGAUGAAAUGCAUUGCUUACUAAGCUUGUAACCAACUGUCAGAAUCUGAGUGCAGAUUCAGCUCAACGUCUUGUUAUUGGGAUUAGACAAUUUGCUAAGCUUUAACAUGUGGCACACUCUACUAAUAAUUUGGAUAUUGCACUUAUGUUAUGAGCUUAACAUUCAUCAACAAUUUAUAGAUUUGCUAAUUGAUUAAUAAUCAAUGUGCUCCAAUACAAGAUCCGUUUGCUUUGCCUUCAAACCAAUGUUUUAGAAAUACCAACAAAACAGCAAGAUGGAUGCCAAAUUAGAAUAGAGAUGGAGGAAUUUGCUAUUCUUGUUCUGCAAACAUGGUUCCAUUAUACUCACCUACCAUCUGUUAAUGUUAUUAAUACAUGACCUAAAAUGAAUGUUCAGACUCACCACGAUCAUGUGUUUGGAACAACGGUACAUGCAAUGUACAAACUUGUGCCAACAUUUACACUAAUCAAGCAUGUGCUCAAACUGUAGGUUGUGGAUGGAGAAAUGGUGUUUGUGAAAAUUUCACUUCAUGCAAUUCGAUAUCUGGAUUAGGAAUUAACCUAGAAAAUUGUCUGAGUUAUUCAAUCUAAUGCAAAGGUUACAAUGGAUAAACAUGCACUUAAUAUCCCACUUAUACUUGUACUGCAUAAUAGAGUCCAAGCACUUGUAAUGGCAACUUUGGAUCUGAUGGUCCUUGCCUAUGGAAUUUGGCUGGGAAAGCAUCAUGUUAGGCAAUAUCAAUAUGUUCUGAUAUAUUUAUUCCCAAAAUUUGCAGUUACUACAAAAAUCUGUGUGUACUUGUAGAUGACUAAUGCUAGUAACUUACGUGUGAUUAUUUCAAAAGUCCAGCAUCAUGCAAGUAUGUGAUUUCCUCUUUCUUGACAGGGGAGCUCUAAUUAUGUCAAUGGUCAACAGUGUCACAAAGUUGCAUUAAUAUGAUUACAUCUUCAUUAUUGAAUUCAAUGACUUGUUCAGUCAAUACAGGAUACACAUAUAGAUGGGUUCAAGGUAGUAAUAGUGAUGGUUAUUGUACUAAAUGUUUGUUGAAUUCUCUUUAUGUUCCUGGACAAUGUGCUUGUAAUUAAUUGAUCUACAAGAAUGAUUGUUUAUCAAAUCCUACUUGCUCUUAUUCAACUGCAUAGUAUACACCAAGUUGCUAUAAUAAGCCAUGUUCUGAAAUUGUUUUACAGGAAAUUUGUAGUACCAAUCCUAGAUGCUCAUGGUCAGCAACUUAAGAACUAUGUCAACCAUUUACAAAAUGUUCAGAUCUAGUAGGUAUCAAUUCUGGAGAAUGUGCUAGUUAUUCUUAAUUUUGUGCAGCAACUGCUAAUGCAAAGACAUCACUUAAAGAUAAGUAUUUUUGUGCCCAAACAGCAACUCAAUGUAGUACUGUUUCAGAAACACCCUCUGCUUCAAAAUGUGAAAACACUAUUACUUAAAAUGGUAUUUGUUUAUUUAAUACUACCACUUAACAAUGCACUUUAGCCACUAUUUGUUCAGAUAUUAAAUCAUAAACUAGAUGUCAAGAACUCAUUCAUUAUUGCUACUGGUAAUAACCAACAGGACAAGCAACCCAAGGCUCAUGUAUUACUACUUAAUGCAAUAUCAUUAACAAUCAAUUAGAAUGCACUUAUGUCUUGACUACCUUAUCUACUCCAUCACCUUCGAGCGUAAUUUAAUGUUAAUGGUCACCAACUGUAGGAUGUCAAACAGCUAAAAAUAUCUUUACUACUUUAAAUUCAACCAAUUGCUACACCAAUACCUUUAUGAUGUCACGAUGGAUAUCCACCUCAGCAGACAGUGGUCAUUGUACAACCUGUAAUCAAUAUGCUACAUCACUAUCAUUCGAUUCCGUUUGCUCAUGUGCAGAAUUGUCCGAAGCCGAGUGCCAAUAGGCUUCCCCUCAAUGCUCUUACAAUUUUACUUCCUCUAAAUGUGCUAUAUAAGAUUGCUCGUCAAUUACCUCUAAAUAUUAAUGCGUCGUUAACCAAAAUUGUAUUUAUAUUGGAUCCACUUGCUAUAAAUAUUCAUCAAAACCUAGUUCAACUGCUGCUGGAUGCAAGAACAUCACCAAUCCCAAAUCUGCUCUCGAUUGCUACACUACCUCAAUCAAUUGUCCAGUAUUAACUCUAAAUGCUUCCCAUAAUUCAAAUUCUACUAAUAAUUGUAGUGCCCCCACCUAAUGCAGUUACUUGAAUCAAACUGAAUGCCAAGAGUAUAAUUCAGAAGUCUGUGUUUGGAAUGAGAACAAUAAAAAGUGCAAGACUAUUGACAAUUGCAACCAGAUUACUGAUGUAGCUCUUUGUAGCCUAUAAACAAACAGGUGUCAAUGGAGUGUUGUCCUGAAUUCCUGUAUCACCCAAUCUUGCAACUCCUAUACUAGUCAAUCUGACUGCACCUAUGUAUACACCUCCUAUUCACCUAUCAAUAUCGCUCUUUGUUACUGGGAUUUCAACUAUAAUGAGUGUAGAGGUGCUCCCUUAUCAGAUGCAGCGUCCUAUAAUCAGACUCCCACUUAAUGCUUUGUCAACACAGGCCAUGUCUAUCACAACGUUGAAAACUAGUGUAAACAGUGCUUCUAAACCAUUAUAAACAUUCUUCUAAUUACGAUCCUCCUCCUAUUAAUUUGA